CAUGUACUACAUUUCCCAGAAGGCUUCGCGGGCGCUUCCGGGCACGUGGGUUUUGUAUAAAAAGGCGAACACGUGAGCUUGUUGGUCUACGUUCAUCGUGAAGGUUGAAGUGUUUUGCUAACCGGCCCCUCUACACGCCCUGAAGAUGUCGACCGUGUCCGCAGCCAGCCUGGAGUCUGCUCAUGUGGCCGAGAGCACCGAGCAGAAGAAGCCACUGAAGCCAUGCUGCGCUUGUCCAGACACCAAGAAAGUCAGAGAUGCGUGCAUCAUUGAAAAGGGCGAGGAACACUGCUCCGACCUCAUUGACGCGCACAAAGAUUGCAUGAGGGCGCUGGGAUUCAAGAUUUAACCACUCCCCUCUUGCGCGUGUGUGUGUUGCUGUGCGAGUGGCGGACAACCCUGGCUAUUCCUUUCAUCUUCCUCCCCCCCUCCCCUCUUAUUUAUAUCUUGACGAGAAGGGAAUUGUUGAAAUGAGGCACUAAAGCUGUGAGGGUUUGACCUUUUGUGUGGAAAUGUUUUUUAAGUCUCCAAAAAUCUGUUAAUAUCUGAUAAAUGUCUAAUUGAAUAAAGGUUCUAUGCAAGAA